GUUUGUCAGGAUGAGAUCAGCGUCUCUCUUCUUGGUGUUUCUUCUCAUCCUUCUCUGUGAUUCGGAUGGUCCUCCAGAGCAGGUGGAGAUAACAAAGGCAUCGUCGUCUGACCAGAAAGCCCCUACAGGACCUGUGACUGAUGACUUUCUGGGUCCAGCAGAGUGUCUGAACAAAACCCUGAGUCGGGUAUCAUGUGACCUGGUGUUCUGCCCUCCAUGGAUGCGUUGCAGUAUCGGACGAUGCACCUGUAAACCGGGAUACCUGUGUCCCUAUCAGGGUUUGAAACAAGUUUGUGGGGUAAACCACAGGACCUACAGAUCCUUCUGCCAGACAAUGGCGGUGUCAUGUCGGACGGAGGGACCUAUCUUUUCUCACUUUGGGGAACUCUGCAACGAAACUUUUCCAAAGUUCAGGAGCUUAUUAGACGAAGACACAGGACUCGUCAGGAUCUUCCUUCCAAACAGUGCUGGAAAGGUGGAGGCCUUAUUGGUGUGUCAUGAGCUGUGGGACAUGGCAGCAGCUAAUGUCGCCUGCAAAGGAAAGAACCACCCACUGGGUGCAGCAUCUGCAGAUGGUGUGGCCUACGAAUCCCUGAAACCUGGAGACAAACAGCUCCUUAAAAAGUGCGCUAGGAUCCAUUGCCAGGGCUACGAGACGUCUUUGGCUGAGUGCGAAAUAAAAGACACGAUGAACAUCAACCACAACAAGGUUGCUGCUGUAAAAUGUUACAAGGAGGCACCACAAGAGUAUGGCUUCGUAUGUACAAACAGCAAGCGCAUAUCUCUGAAUCAGACGUGCGACGGAGUCGACGACUGCGGUGACCGGAGUGAUGAGAUGUGCUGCAAACGGUGCAGGAAUGGUGCGUUUCGCUGCAAGACGGGAGUGUGUGUUCACGAAGAAUCCCUCCGUGAUGGUCUAAUCGACUGUCUGGAUGGAGAAGAUGAAUCAGAGAAAACCCUAACGCAACGUAAGACCUCUUCAGUUUCCUCUCCUGCAGAAGAGAAAACCAUCACAGCUGAACCUGGACAUGACGUCUCUCUGCCAUGUAGAGCUGGACAUGAUGGAGACAUCGUAGCUGUGAGGUGGACCAGACCUGAUCUGGAGCCGGUAGAUGUUCUUUUAUACAGAGGUGGGCGCCUUCAUUCAGAAAACCAGCAUCCAUCUUUCCAGAACCGGGUGGAUCUUCAGGACAGACAGAUGAAGGAUGGAGACGUGUCUCUGAUUCUGAAGAAGGUGACGACUAAAGAUACAGGAACAUAUGAAUGUAGAGUCUCACUGAGAAAGACAGGCAAUGACCAAACCAUCAAGCCCAUCAUCAUCCAUCUCAAAGUUUCUCCAGCAGAACAGACAAUCAUCAGAGCUCAACCUGGACAUGAUGUCUCUCUGCCAUGUAGAGUUGUAUAUGAUGGAGACAUCAUGACUGUGAGGUGGCUCAGAGAUGAUCUGGGGUCAGACUAUGUUCUUUCAUACAAAGUUGGGAGCCUUGAUCCAGUCCAACAGCAUCCAUCUUUCCAGAACCGGGUGCAUCUUAAGGACAGACAGAUGAAGGAUGGAGACAUGUCUCUGAUUCUGAAGAAUGUGACGACUGAUGAUAAGGGAACAUAUAAAUGUAGAAUCUCACCAAAAAAGACAGGCAAUGACAAUACCAUCAAGCCCAUCAUCAUCACCAUCCGUCUCGAAGUUUCUCCAGCAGUAGUGGAUGUGGAUGCGACAACCAAACAGUCAGAUUACAUCUCUCGUAAAAACGAAACAAGGGCCACCAGAACGUAUCUGGAGUCCCAGUUGUUCUGUGGGAUUCCUAAUAAAGACAUAGUGGACAAAGAGGAGCACCAACGAAGCACAAGAGUCAAAAGGGUGGUGGGAGGAGUAGAAGCAAAACCUACUCAGAUCCAGUGGCAGAUUGCACUGCAGGAGAACCAAAGGAUCGACUGUGGAGGAGCUUAUAUCGGAGGCUGUUGGGUCCUCACUGCUGCUCACUGUGUCAGGCCGAAUCCAAAAGCUUUCCAAGUCAAGUUUUCUCUCUGGAAGAAGUAUGGACCCCAAAACACAACUGACAUUGUUCCUGUCAAAGAAAUUAUCAUCCAUCCAAGGUACGUCGCUGCCACAUAUGAAAAUGACAUUGCUCUUGUGAGACUGAUGGAGUUGCCACAUGAAGAAAGAUGCAUGUAUGACAACCCGGCUAUCAGAUCUGUUUGCGUCCCCUGGUCCACUCACCUGUUCCAACCCAACCACACUUGCAGUAUCUCAGGGUGGGGACGAACUAAAGAGGGAAAAGCAGCACAGGUGCUGCUCUGGGCCAACGUGUCCCUGAUCGCCGGCUGCGAGUCAGCCUACAAGCAUCGCUUCAAGCCAGGCAUGAUGUGUGCAGGUGAUCUGGACGGCAGCGUGGACUCAUGUCAGGGUGACAGCGGAGGUCCUCUGGUGUGUCAGGAUGAACUGGGAGUGUCUUACCUGUGGGGCAUUGUCAGCUGGGGUGAGAGGUGUGGACAGCCAGGAUUUCCAGGAGUUUAUACUCAGGUCGCUCAUUACUACGAGUGGAUCCGGCUUCACACAGGUUGGCCUGCGGUCACCAAGUACAACAACUAAGUACACACACGCCUCAAUUUCAGCUCAGACUGUGAUGUGUGUCUUCCCGGAGGGCUUUACUAUUAAUAUACUACCAAAAUGUAGACCAAAUGCUUGAAAUGGUAUUAAAUUACCACUUUGUCUGCAGUGAAAUACCAAUAAAAGAUUGUUCCUGU